CAUACACAUUCAGUUGUGCAAUGUUGUCACGCUAAAGCAUUUUCUGUUGGAGGAACGCCCGUUAAAAUAUCCUCCAAAUCCAAAUUUUCAAAAUGGAUUUGCAUAGCUACUAUGAUUGAUUUAAUAGAGUACACAAAAUUCAAAAGUUUCUCCACGACGACAUCGCAACAAUAUGACCCAAAAUACGACCAAUCUAAUCUACUGUGAUAAAAGCUUUGAUGACUUCCAUACAAGCUACAAACAUGUGCACGGAUAUUUCUCACUGGUCGUGUGUAUCCUUGGCACAUUGGCCAACUCGCUCAAUAUAAUCGUGUUGUCACGCCGCGAAAUGCGUACCCCCACCAAUACCAUACUCACUGGUCUGGCUGUGGCUGAUUUGGCUGUGAUGCUGGAAUAUAUGCCUUACGCUCUGCACGACUACAUCCUAGCGGAGCGUUGGUCUCGUGAGCAACAACUGAACUACUCUUGGGCUUGUUAUAUUAAAUUCCAUGCCAUCUACGCCCAAGUCCUGCAUACCAUCUCAAUUUGGCUGACGGUGAUGUUGGCCGUGUGGCGCUACAUAGCGGUGACAUAUCCACAAGUGUCCCGCGAAUGGUGUGGUAUGCGCAACACUGUGACGUCGAUAAUAUUGGCUUACAUCAUAUGCGGGGUUGUGGUGACCCCCUGGCUCUAUCUAGUCAGCUCCAUAGCCCAAUUCGAGGAAGUGGUAACCAUAGAGAACCGCGUACUCUAUUCAAGGCCAUUAAGCGAAUACAUUUUAAAGUACCAGGCCAAACAUGAUUAUGCGAAUUUUUCCAAACUCAGCAGAUUAAAUGAUACAACAACAGCCACCAGCAACAAUAUGGAGGCCAACAUGACCUCAUUUACGCCGCUGCCGCAGCUAAACAUCACCGUUUAUAGACUGUACCACAGCGACUUGGCCCUGCAGAACAGCUCUUUGCGUCUGGGUACUCUGCUCGUAUAUUCCGUUCUGAUUAAGUUGAUACCGUGCAUUGCCCUGACGGUGCUAUCGCUGCGCUUGAUAACUGCCUUACUGGAGGUUAAGCGACGUCGUCAAAUGCUCCACAAUCAACUAUUGAAGGCAGAGGAGAAAUCAUCCCAAUCGAACGGAAGUCAUAGCAUGAUCCCCAUUGGCAGUACUGAAGUGGGUGCCAUGGGAAUUGGGUCUGCUGCUGGUGGCGGCCCACCAACCCCGGCGGAUGUCAAUCAUCCCAUGGCCAUGAACCCAUCGCUUAUGAUACGGAAAAAAAUUGAUAAGGCGAAGCAAACAGAUCGAACAACGCAAAUGCUCUUGGCAGUCCUAAUGUUGUUCCUUAUCACGGAACUGCCGCAAGGCAUAAUGGGUUUGCUGAAUACGAUAUUGGGCGAAGCCUUCUUCAUGCAGUGCUAUCUGAAGCUAAGCCUUGGUUGUGGCGUAUUAAAACUCUGGUUAAUAUAAUUAAAAUCACGAGCAACCAUUUCUUUUGGCAGCAAAUGAACAUCCAAAGCAGCAGAUAAAUAUACUUUUCCACAUUCUAUGCUGAAAUAAAACCUACAAGUGACCUCAUGGACAUAUUGGCCCUCCUCAAUUCGAGCAUUAAUUUCAUUCUUUAUUGCUCGAUGAGCCGACAAUUUCGACAGACA